AAAGUCCGGUUCUCUCACAUACGCCCCUGCCCCCACUACCGGCAUCUUGCUCGCUCGACUCGAAACGCCGUAACUCUUUCUCCACAAUGGUGAACGUAAACAAGGAGCAGAUCACAGAAGCCUGUGUAGACAUUCGAAAUAACGACUCUGAGAACACAUGGGCUGUGUUCACCUAUGACGAGAGUAACACUAUCUGUCUGCACAAGUCUGGCAAGGAGUACGACGAGUUUCUAGCCGAGUUCGACGAGUCUGAUCGGGCGUACGCUUACGUCAGGAUAGAGACUGGGGACGAAUUGAGCCGGAGGGCAAAGUUUGCUUUUAUCACGUGGGUAGGCCCCAGUGUUUCGCCCCUCAAGAAGGCCAAGGUCAGUACGGAUAAGGCGUUCGUCAAGCAAGUCCUUCAGAAUUUUGCUGUUGAGAUCCAAGCUGACGACAAAAGUGAGCUACAAUACGACCACGUCAAGAGUGUGGUGCAGAAAGCUGGAGGGGCGAAUUAUGGCACCGGACAGUAGGACAUGGCUGAUGCUGGGUCUAUCUGGGAUACCUCGCACCAUACCCAAAUACAUACCUUAAACAUUUUUUAUUUUUGAGGGAACAUCAUUUUCAAUCGUGGUUUGACAAUGAUGUUUCAACUCUCAGAAUUCAUAGUAUUGCGAAAACAUGCAUUUGACUAAAUCUUUACAUAUUAUGAAUAAAGGAAGUUUUUAUUUGUU